CCGCCCCCUGCCUAGACCCCGCCUUCUGGCUCCGCCCCUCUCCCCAGACACCCGACUCGUCAUGACCUCUCUGGCCCAGCUCCGAGACUGCCAGGCUUGGAAGGAUCAAGGCCUGCCUCUGUCCACCACCAGCAAUGAAGCCUGCAAGCUCUUUGACGCCUCCCUGACCCAGUAUGUGACAUGGAGCAACGAGAAAAGUCUCGGCGGCCUGGAAGGAUGCUUUUCAAAAAUGAAGGCGGCGGAUCCCACGUUUGUGAUGGGGCAUGUCAUUGCCAACGGCCUGGCACUCAUUGGCACGGGGACCUCAGUGGCGCUGGACCCAGGCCUCCGUCUCUCCAUGGAGACCAUGGUGGAGCUUUCCAGGAAACAGCUGCUGACCGAGCGGGAGAAGCUGCACGUGAUGGCCGUGGAGAUGUUUGCUAAGGGGUGCCUUCCCAAAGCCUGCACCAUAUGGGAACAGAUCCUCCAGGACUAUCCCACCGACAUGCUGGCGCUGAAGUUCUCCCACGAUACCUACUUUUACCUGGGCUAUCAGCUCCAGAUGAGGGACUCUGUGGCUCGGGUCUUUCCUCACUGGGCGCCCAGCAUCCCCCUCAGCAGUUACGUAAAAGGCAUUUAUUCUUUCGGACUGAUGGAAACGAACCUCUAUGAUCAGGCAGAACAGCUGGCCAGAGAGGCGCUGGCCACGGACCCCAGGGACGCCUGGUCGGUGCACACCAAGGCCCACAUCUACGAGAUGAGAGCCCAGGUCCGGGAAGGGCUGACCUUCAUGGAGAGCACGGAGCCCUACUGGAUGGACCGCGACAUGCUCGCCUGCCACAACUACUGGCACUGGGCCCUGUACCUGAUAGAAGGUGGCCCGAGGCGGCGGGGCGCCUCCCUGCGGAGGCCCGGGCCUGGGGCGGCCGGAGCUGGGCGGGCGGAGCCGGGAGGGUCCGCGAAGCGAGGACCGGCCACGAGCUGUUCCAGGCGCGAGGAGGCUCCCAGCAGACAGGCCGGCAGCCCCUCCCGGCAGCCCGCGGCCGAUCCCGAUCCCUGGCGGCCCGUCUCAGCUGGGGGAGAGCACGAGUUGGCCUUGACGAUCUACGACCAGCACAUUGCGCCCAGCCUUCUGGCCACAGGGUCGAUGCUAGACAUGGUGGACAGCUGCUCCAUGCUGUACCGACUGCAGAUGGAAGGUGUGCACGUGGGGGACCGCUGGCAGGCCGUGCUUCCGGUGACGAAGCCGCAUUCCAGGGACCACAUCCUGCUCUUCAACGACGCUCACUUCCUCAUGUCCUUCCUGGGGGCCAAAGACCACGGGACCGUCCAGGAGCUCCUGAGCACCCUUCAGGAGCUGGGCCACUCCCAUUGUUUCCCCAGGAGCCUCCUCAUUGAGCGGGAUGCCCUGAAGCCCGGCUCUCCUUUGACUGAACGACUCAUCCGAAAGGCAUCAUCCUUGCAUCUCAUGGAGUAAAACCUUACUUGGGGGAACUGGCUUUCUUCCCCCUUCCCGAAGAGUCCCAGUCUCACAGAUGUCCAUUUGAAGGAAGCCACAAUGCCCAGCUGAACCAGAAGCCAAAUUCUAGCUCCUGGCCCCUAGAAAAGGAAAUCUCCACAGAGGUCACGAGCUCCUUCACCAUCCUCCGCCUGCUACCACACUUCCAUUUAAGAAGGGACACUCACAUCUUCAGUGUCAGAGAACGGGUCUUCUCCUUUGUGAAUUAUCUGCUGUGAUUUGUAAGCACCCAGCCCCAUCUUGUCUAGAGAAGGGUGGCCUCUGGGCUCCAGGAGAGUCUGCAUCAUCCUGGGAGGCCCCAUUCUGGCAUCUUCAGGUUAGGCCCAUGGUGACCAGAGGAGAAGACAGGCUCAAGGUCCUCCUGUCUGGCAUCAAAAUAGCCCCUCCAUCAUUAGGGCAGCCUGACCAGUGUGGGACUGUCUCCUAUGCUUUGAUGCAGGCUUUUUUUUUUUAAAUCAACUUUUCCAGGGAAAUCAAUAUCAACUUGAUCUUGAGCACAUCCCAGACUGCUCUAAGGCUCCCUUUCCUUCUCAGUAAAAUGAGGCUUGUCACCCUCCUGCCACCUUCUCCCUUGUGGGGUUAGCUGUGGAGUUGUGAUGAGGCUGGUGCUUUGUCAUCCCCCUAUGGAAAUGAUGAGCACACUGGAGUUCCAGCCGACUUCAUGGGUGCUCACCUCUCAACAAUCAGAUCAGUCAAGCUUUCAGCUUUCCAAGGUCCCAUUUGUGUGCAGGCCAUGAUGCUUUGGGAGAAAAUCCUUUUCAGUAUCUCUUCUCUGAUCAUCAAGAAAUACAGGGUCAGUAAAUACGAGGUCAUGGAAUUGGGGGGAUACCAAAAAUUCAGGGCCCCCAGAAAGUUUCACAUGGAGUAUUUGAGCAGGGAUCAGAAAGAAACGAGAUUUUAAGAAGCAGAGGUCAGGAGGGAUGGCCCAGAGUGGGAGAUGAAUUAUUGGGUGAGGAUCUACAGAAAAGCCAGUUAGACUGGAUUGUGUGAAGGGAGUCAUGUAUACAAUAAUUCUGUAUAAAUGUAUAAGAAACUAAAGACGAUUGAAUGGAUCCUAGAUUGAAGGAGGAGGACAUUAGAGGCAGACAUUGCAAUAGUCCAGGUAGGAGGUGAUGGGGGCUAAACAGGGAUGGUGAUUCUAGGUGUGGAGAGAAAGUGAUGGGCAUGGGACAUUGUGGAAGCCGAAGCAGAAGUCCUGACAAGAGAAUCGCUAUGGGGGUGGAGGGUCUUGAAGAGUUAAGGAUGACACCAAAGUUGUUGACCUUUAUCACUGGGAUGACAGUGGUGAGGAGGAGAAGAAUUUUUUUUUUAAUUUCUUUUUUUUGAGGAAGAUAAUUCAGGGGUAGCACCAAUGAAGUCAAAGUCACAAAAGAUAAAAUUUUGGACAUAUUUUGCCUGUUUUGGACAUGUUGAGUUUGAGAUGCCCAGCUCAAAAUCCGUGACCUCUCAUCUCAUGAAAAAUUGCAUUAAAGAAUCUGAACUUGGGCCAAGUGGAGGUGGGGGGGUAUAAGGAAGUGGGUAGUUAUAGGGGAAGAAUAGGAUCCAUUUCUUUCAAAUAAACCAAACUGCAGUGCUGCUUUUAAAAAAAUGAAUGUAACAGAAUUUGAGGAAGAGGAAAACAACUUACCAAUUAUAACUUUAAAUGGACUAAACUCAACCACAAAAUGGAAGAGAGGCUAGAUGAUGAGACAGAACCCCAUAAUUUUCUGCAUAGAAGAAACUUAUUUGAAACAUAAACAUAUAGAGUUAAAUUGAAGGGCUGCAAUAAAUUUAUUAUGUUUUGAUUGAAUCAAAAGUGCAGGAGUUAAAACCAUGAUUUCAAGUAAGACUAAAUAGAUCAAAAUAGAUGCUCUCAAGAGAAACAAAAGGAAAACACAUUAUGCUUUAAAUAGAUUCAGAGACAGAAUUAAAGAACAAGCCACAGAGAUAAUUUUUAAAAGUAAAUUAAAGGGGAUUAGAAAAAUGAAACAACAUAGUAAAUAUAAAUCUAUGUGCAUAGAAUGGUGUAGCAUUUUAGUUCUUUGGGAAAACCCUAAAAUAUAAUGAUAUUUUGAUAGGAAGAAAAUGAUUUCAAAAUUCUCAGGACUUUCUAAGUUUAAAAAGAAAGAUAGAAAUCAUAUAACAUUGAAAUAUAGAAUAUAACAGUGAAAAAAAGAUAGUUUUGAUAUGAUUCUGGUAAUUAUUGAAUGGUUAUAUUAAAGAGCAUACUUAUGCCAUACCUAUGAAAACAGUGAAUGCUUGGGCAUAAAUAACUCAUAAUUAUGUGUAAAAUGGAGAAAUAUUAAGAGCUUUCUUAAUAGACAUGCAAUAAAAAUAGUCACCAGGGAAGGGAAUAUGAAUAAAAGAUAUAUUCCUAAAUGGAGAUAAUUUUAUCCCAAUAUUCAAUAUGUGGAAUGAUAGAGCCUAGAAAGAAAAUUGUGGAGCUCAAUCCCAAUAAAGGAAAAACUGAUGUGAAAAUGUUCAGUAAAAAUAUGGCCCAGGACAUUAAAGCAAUCUAUAGAAAUAUUCAGUGACCAAUUUGAUAAUACUGGGGGCAAGAAUGAAUUGUUUCUGUAUUCUACUUUCACUUUAUACAAUUGACCUAAAAAAAUCUAUUUUAAAGCAAACAUACUUUUUGUCAAAGUGUAUUUCCACAAUGAUCAACUUGGAAAGUCUUGGUUCUUCUCAACAGUUCAGUGAUCCAAGGCAAUUUCAAUAAACUUUGGAUAGAAUAUGCCAUCUGCAUAUUGGAAAUUGAAU